GGUCGGAAUAAAUACAGGAAGCAAACCGAAGUAACAACGCAAACGGAAGGUUUGCGUGGACUCUCACUUCAUUCUUGUUCAUCUCUCCGGCGAAGACGUGGUGGUUUCAGGUCAGAUCCCGGCGAAUCUGAAGUCUCUAUAUUCGUAGAGGUUAUCGCCGAGAGAAGCAGAGGGAGAGGCAACCAAGCCAAGUGCAACAAUGGCAUCCACUGACGGUCUCGUGCCCAUAACAAGAAGUUUUCUCGCCUCUUAUUAUGACAAAUACCGCUUCCAGCCUCUCCCCGAUGAUGUUUCUCGCCUUUCCUCUCAGAUUCACGGUUUCGCCCAAGAUUUGCUUCAAGAUUCUCCCCCCAAAAAUGGUGAAAACAUACUAAUACAAGAAGCAGACCGUCAACCUCCCCAUAAAAUUGAUGAAAACAUGUGGAAGAAUAGGGAGCAUAUGGAAGAAAUUAUCUUUUUACUCGAAAGAUCGCAUUGGCCAGCUGGGCUUCAACAACCAGUGACACCAGAGGACUCUGAAUCGACUAUUGUUUUUGGAAAACUUAAAGAUAUAUUUGAAAAAACUUUGAAUACACUGGAAUCUUUCCAAACAAAAAAUUCUGAACGUGUAUUUAAUGUAGUUAUGACUUAUUUGCCUCAAGAUUUUAGAGGAAAAAUUAUCAGACAACAAAGGGAGAGAUCAGAGAGGAACAAGCAAGCAGAGGUUGAUGCUUUGGUUAAUUCUGGUGGAACUAUACAUGAUCGAUAUGCUUUGCUUUGGAAACAACAAAUGAACAGGAGGAUACAAUUAGCUCAGCUUGGUUCUGCAACAGGUGUCUAUAAAACCCUUGUAAAGUACUUGGUUGGAGUUCCAGAGGUUUUAUUGGAUUUUAUUCGGAAAAUAAAUGACGAUGAUGGGCCGAUGGAAGAGCAACGUUCACGCUAUGGACCCCCUUUGUACAGCCUUACCAGAAUGGUGCUUUCCAUUCGACUCUUUCUUUCACUAGCAUGGGAGAGAUUUGAGGCUUGUAAAUUAAAGCGGCAUCAGAUUGCUGUCCUGGAAGAAGCAGCUGAAGUGUAUACCUCUGAGUUUGUGAGAUUUAUCUCUUUCAUCAGCGAGGUCUUUGCCAAUUCACCAUUCUUUAUUACAGCAGAGGAGGCCAGUGCAUUAGAUGGAGGGAAAAAUGAUGACUACAAGGAAAUAAAUGUUGGAGCUGGAAAAAAUCAUGAGGUUUCAUUGACAGUGGAAUCAAUAAAUUCUUACAUUGCUUGGGACUUCUCAGUUAUACAAGGAAAGAUGAACUUGGAUAUUGGAUUUAGUGUGGAAUAUAUAAAUUCUGCUGGGGAGAAAUCACUAAUAUUACCUUACAGACGUUAUGAAUCCAACCAAGGGAACUUCUGCACGUGCAUGGCUGGAAACUACAAACUCAUAUGGGAUAAUUCAUAUUCGGCUUUCUUCAGAAAGGCGCUGCGCUACAAAGUGGAUUGCAUACCACCAGUAGUAGACCCAACACUACCGAAUGAAGUGGAAGAAUGAGAGGAGCCUCCUGUGAUAUAUAUCAUGAUCUAGUUGUUCUUCUAGAGUGAUAUAACAUCACAUUAAACUGUACCAUUAUUUUUUUCGGCAAUUGAAUUAACAAGAUUUGCCACAGCCAAGCCCAAGUGUCUCUCAUACGCUAUAUUCAUACUUGUAUAUCACCCAUAACCUGCAUGAAGUAAAAUGAAUUUCUUGAUAUCGAUGUGGUGCUCUUGCUCAAGGAAUCAUCGAUGAUAGUGGGCAUAAAAAUGCUUGGUAACA